CUCUGCGUGUUCUUGUGUUCUAUCUCUUCUUUCUCUCUUUUUUUCUUAGUAAUAUAAUGUUUUUAAAAACACAAACUGCCAUUUUGGUCAAAACAAACCAACAUCUUUAUGGGAAGAAGAAGAAAAAAUAUGGCAGUGACACAUCAAGAUCUUCUCCCGAGUCCAAGGAGCUCUGAAUUAGGCAGCAAAAUGGGGACUUUUCUUAUGAUUUUGACCGUCAUUUGUGGCCUAUGUUGCUUCAUUCUUUGCCUCAUUGCUGAGUCCACUCGUUCUCAGGUGAUAUGGAUGGGUGUGGAUGAAAAUAAUAAGAAUGGAGGAAAGAGAUGCUCGUACAGUGGCAGCGGGAAGACACCGCUGCUGUGCACGGCGAGCGCAUUUCUGGGGAUGGCGGUGAUGAUGGUGGUGCAACAUUUGUAUGUGUUGAUUGCAGUGAGUAAGUCACCGCCUCCUGCUCUCAUUGCUUGGGAUCCUUCUUUUGCCACCUCCAAAUCUCUAACCUUUCAAGCUGCUUUCUUCUUCGUUUCGACAUGGAUAAGUUUUGCAGUGGGAGAAAUUUUGUUGUUAAUAGGAUUGAGUGUGGAGUCGGGGCAUCUUAACAACUGGUCAAGUCCAAAAGAAAGCUGCUUGGUGAUCAAAGAAGGUUUGUUUUCAGCAGCCGGAGUUUUCCAAUUGGCCACGGUGUUCCUUGCCGCCGGCCUCUACAUGACCGCGGUGCGAGCACAGAGAAUAUUUGAAGAGCAAGAAAAUGUGAGAAGAGAAGUGCUGGAAAGUUACCAUAUCCACAGUUCGCCACCACGGUCGUCAUCGCCGCCGCUACAGCCAAUGCCGCCGAUUGCAAGAGAAGACCCUGUAAUCAGACAUAGCCACCACCAUCAAGAGGCUCCCUUUUUUUCGCUGCUUCAAUCCACUGCCCCUUUCUGUAAACUCUCUGCUUAGAGGGUUUUUUUUUUU